GCAACCUCUGUGAAAGGGUUGUUCGACCCCCAAAGGGGUCACGACCCACAGGUUGAAAACUGCUAGCCUAGAGAGUUAUCAACCUAAAGGCUGAGGUGUAGAGGGCCCUAGAGAUACCUCUAAAGAGACAGUCUCUAAAGGGAUAUCCUUAGGUGGGGUAGACACCAAGUGGGAGGCAAGAUGGGGUUUCCCAUUCUUGGGGGCUUUUGUUCACUGAAUGGGGACUCCCCUUGCCCCUUCUGCUCCCUUUUAAAUUUCCUAAAAGCCAAUUGUCACUUCCUGUCAACUACAUUUGGCUUACAGACGAUGCUGCCCUUUGAGCACAAUCCAACUCCCUUGAUCAUCAAUGGGCAAACCACACCAGUGGGGGCGCUGAGUCACAGAAACAUGAUAUAGGGCUGGGAGGUAAGGGGGACCACACUCCACUAGAUGGUGAUGUCAUCAUCCAGACCCCUGUACCUUUCCUUCUACAUGUGGGGUUUCUCCCUCGUGGCUUUUCCCGCAUAUUCCGUAUCUUCAGGGAUUGUGUAUUCCUGUGUUGGAGGAUGUUUGCCUCUUGUAUACAUAUCAGGGAUUGGUGCUUUUAUGUGUCCAGGCCAAAUGACUUAUAUAGGUGUCUAAUGAGUCCCUGGGUGUGGUGGUGGUGUGAGGAGUUAGAAAUGGAAAACAUUUCAGAGUAGCUAGUGAAUACAGCUUACCAAUUUGCAUUUUCCCUUUCACUCUGACUCAUCUUCCCCUCUCCCCACCCUAUUAUUGCCCCUCCACCAGCCCCACCCAUUGGCACACCCUGUCUGAUCUAGGAAGGGUUAACAUCUGCUUGCACCCAAGCUAGAAUGAAAGGUAAAGAGAAGGCAUGUUAGGUGUGGAGAGGGAGAGUAGAAGGCUGGUCUGAACAUUUUGGGGUUCUGGAGCCAAAGGAAGAAACAUGAGUUUAGAGACAUAAUAUUUGCGUCUAGGAGGGGACCAGGAUCUAAGGGAGAAGCCUAGGGGGAACCAGACAGUCAUCAGAGCAGCCUACCAAUGCCUGACUUGUUUAUCUUCCAGUUAUUUAUCGGGCAUAUAUGAUAUGCCAGGCACAUAUCAUACACUUAUGAUAUGCUGCAUUAAUAAAAAUUUGCCACAGGAGGAAGGAUAAUGGAAUAAGAAACAGAAAAAGAAAUUUGAGUUUCUCAGACCUCAUCCUUUCCCCAGGUUAAAGUGCUAAAGUGUGAAAAGGGGAAAUCUUUGAGGACCUUGACCCUUUGGGCAGGAAGUGAAAGAAACCCCGGAGUCCUGAUUUCAGAGAAAUGUCAUUUGUCAUCAACCCAAGAAAAGGAGUUUUUCUUUUCGAAGACCACCGCAGGCCCUUCCUGGGGUUGCCCCCUUCAGAGCAUGAUGGGAGGAUCUGAGUCACUCACACACCCAGUCCCCAGUGGUGGCCCAGAUGACAGUGGUCAGUCCCACAUAGCAGUCAAGGCUUCCUAGUACCAAGCCAGACAUGCUUUUGGCCCUCUUUUACUCUCUCCUUGGAAUUCAGAUGUUUGUCAUUUUUACUUCUAGAGUAGAAACAGCUUCUAGCUGCUAGAGCUCUAUUGACACCUCUAAGAAACAGAACUAAUAUUUGAAUGAUGCUAUGUACUGACAAACCACUUUCAUACUCAUCAUUUCAUCCUCAACUCCACCUCCAAAUGAGAUAAGCAGAGGUUAUCCCUAUUUCAUGGAUGAGGUAACUGAGGCUCAGAGAGAUGACUUGCCCCAAAUGACUCAACUAGUAAAUGGCAGAGAUGAGACUCAAAUGCAGGUCUGAUUAGUUCAAAGUUCUUGUUGCCUCAGGUGCACUUCUUUGGCUCUAGAAGUUCAUAAAUGAAACAAGGAGACAGGAGGUUAGGAGGCAGGAUGUGUGGUUUCUGGAAGUAGAGGAGGUAGUCUCCCCUGGGAAGAUGAAGCAGAGCCAGGGGUAUAAAACCACACCCCCUUCAGGGACACUGGCAGACUGAUACUUGGGACACCCAAUGGAAGACUGUGAGGUCAGGGGCGGGGCUAGCUGAGGGCUGGGGGCAGGAGCCCAAACAGCAGUUCAGAACAUGCGGUGUCCAGGAGGAAGCUACAACUGGCUUGAGAAUAUGCUGUUCCUCCUUCCUCUUUCCACCAUGGAUCUCACACUGUGGCCUUUCUCUCAGAACCUCUGAGAUUGGUACCCAGGCAAGGCAUAAUGCCCCUGUCCCCGACAAGACUGCCUAGCCCCUAUGGCUCUGAUCGACUGGUACGGCUAGCAGCCAGGCUCCGGCCAGCACUAUGUGACACCCUGAUUACUGUGGGGAGCCAGGAGUUCCCUGCUCACAGCCUGGUGCUGGCAGGUGUGAGCCAGCAGCUGGGCCGCAGGGGUCACUGGUCUCUGGUGAAAGGAAUCAGCCCUUCCACCUUUGCACAGCUUCUGUACUUUGUUUAUGGGGAGAGUGUAGAGCUGCAACCUGGGGAACUGGAGCCCCUUGAGGAGGCAGCCAGGGCCUUGGGGGUGCAGUCCCUGGAAGAGGCAUGCAGGAGGGCUCGAAGGGACAGGGCUAGGGUAGAACUGAAUCCAGGGCUGAAGGAACUUCAGGAGCCAGAAAAACACACAAGGGAUUCUGAGAGAGGAGUGGGAGGUCUUGGAGAACAGGGACCAGGGAAGUUUGUUAGACCUGGUGACAGAGAACAGGAGAUGUUGCAUGAGCACAGGCCAUCAAGAGAGAGCCCUGAGAUGGCAGAGGCAACGCAGGAGGGCCAGAGGGAACAGAUGAGAUCAGAGGAGAAGCUCAACCAAUUCCCUGUUGGCUACAGGGGAGUAGACGGAAAGCAAGGAAUGAUCAUGUGGGUGAGGGAGAGUCCAGGGGGGUCUGAGGGAAGUCUGGGGGAGUUCCCUGGCUCCCUUCCCCCACCAGGUUCCCUCCAAACCAGCAUCACCCCUAGGCCCCGGUGGGCUGAGGCCCCUUGGUUGGGCGAGGGCCAGCCUGCCCUGUGGAGCAUCCUGCUAUUGCCACCCAGAUAUGGCACUCCCUUCUCCCAUAGCACCCCCAUCACUGCAGCCUGGCAAGAGGUCUGGCCUCAGGACCAGAGGAUCCCACUGUCCCUGAACCUCCACAAAGGGCUCUGGAGCCAGAACCAGUUGGCCUCCUCCAGCCCUACCCCAGGUAAGUCCCUCACUGUCCUGCAUGAACCCUGUCACACUGUCUCUGCUGGGGCUGGGACCGCAGGAGUCCAGCCUGAGCAGGACUCCUACUUCACUAUGCUCCCUCCAGGUUCCCUUCACCAGGGCCCCACACAGCUCAGCCCUGGGAUGGAAGAGUCUGAUCAGAGGCACACAGGAGCACUUGCAACCUGUGUGGGCCGUGUGGGCACAGCAGGCUGCCCAUCACACCAACAUCCUCCCCCUACCCCUCCUGCUCGAUCUCGGCCAAAGCCCUAUUCUUGUUCUGUCUGUGGAAAGAGGUUUUCACUCAAACAUCAGAUGGAAACACACUACCGAGUCCACACAGGAGAGAAGCCCUUCUCCUGUAGCCUCUGUCCCCAACGCUCCCGAGACUUCUCUGCCAUGACCAAGCACCUGCGGACACACGGGGCCGCACCCUACCGCUGCCCUCUGUGCGGCGCAGGGCGCCCCAGCCUGGCCUCCAUGCAGGCGCACAUGCGCGGCCACUCACCUAGCCAGCUCCCGCCCGGAUGGACCAUUCGCUCCACCUUCCUCUACUCCUCCUCCUCCUCGAGGCCAUCCCGGGCCUCGACCUCUCCCCUGUAGGCCCUCUUCCACCUCCACCUGACGAGAUGUCGGUAGUUUAUUUGGCUUCAGUCAAAGAAUGAAAGAAGUAAAGAAUGAAAGACGGGCAGGCGGGCUGGCUAGGCUUCUGACCCGGCGCCGCGGCUUUGGCUGCCUAGCAAAUUCGCCUCUAAGAAGCGCCGCAGGAAAGGCGCUGAGAGCUCUCUCCCAGAUCACCGCGGGCCGCAGAAGCCUGGGCGGGCCAGCGAUCCCGUGUCGGGUGAGGGCAGUGAAGUUUGCACAAGUGAAGGUUCACUGUGUGGGGACUGUUGAUUUCAUCACCAAAAUAAAGCGUUUCCUGUGACUUUCUCAGGACAAGAAAGCCGAGUCCAGACUUUAGUCAGUAGCCGGGGUGGGGGUGGGGAUCCGCAGCCUGGCCCCUAGUCCUGUAGCGGCCCCUGGUGGCCCUGCGCCUGCACUUCCGCGCGGCGGCCACCUUCUCCAUCUCCCGGGCCUCCCUGUUCUUUCCCGGCGGCAGUGGGCCGCGAGGGCUCGGUGUCCAGGCAGACUUAGCAGCAAGCCCUGUGGGGGAAGGCUGUGAAAACCCAAGUUACUGUCCCUACCACGGCAAGCAAAGUCGUGCGGAGUCUGAGUCUGGGGGCCCGGGGCUCGAGAGGAACGCGUGAUCCGCCCUGCUCUCCGUCACCCGCCUCCUCUCGUUGAGCAACAGGGCCGCAGGGCCGCGGCUUCUACGGCAAUUUUCUUGCACGCUGUACGGAAAGGCGGCCGGGUUAUACUUCUAACUGAGACUACCCCUUGACCGCCGCCCCUUGCUCAGCCCACACCUCCUGGAGUCGCGAACUCUAUUACCCAGUGUCUCCGGG